AUCACCGGAUUUGGGAUGGGCUGGUUUGUUGACAGGAAGUGUGUGAGGAGGCAUCCCCACCGUACGAGCCUCCGUGCCUGUAGUUUAUACUGACAGACAGCGGUUUUCGUGUUCAGAUAUACCUCGGAGGUAAUGAGGACUUGGAUUAUGUACUUUAAGAUCGACCUGGGGCAAAGAUGCAAUGGAGGUCAGUAGUAGUGGGUCUGGUGGUACUGAGACUCUCUGUAAACUGGGUUCUGUGGCUAGCUUUCGGGCUGGGACCUGAGAUUAGCUCCGGCUUCAACUUCCACCUCGGUUUUAAUUUGCACAAAUUGGACUUGCUGUUCCGCGAGGAAAAGGAAGCCGAUCCGAGCGCUAGCUCUUGGUCCCAAAGAAUCCAGGGUCACAAGUAUGACGAGACGGCGACCACCUGCGCAAAGAUCAGGGAGGAUUCCACCAGCAGGUCCUACCUGAACCUCUUCGAUGGCAACAAGGAUGAGUACGUCCGGAGGUACAGAUCCUUUCCUGACACGCUGAGGGUGAAAAUGAAAGGCAUGGCCAAAGAAAUGUUCUACUUUGGAUACGAGAACUACAUGAAACAUGCCUUUCCCGAGGACGAGCUGAAUCCCAUUGAUUGUGAGGGAAGAGGUCCAGACGUGAUGAACCCGUCGAACAUCAAUAUCAACGACGUCUUGGGGAACUAUUCACUCACACUCAUUGACACCUUAGACACCUUGCUGGUGCUUGGCAAUGUGACAGAGUUCCAGAGAGCCGUCAAACUGGUUAUAGAUACCGUGUCUUUUGACAAGAACUCAACUGUGCAAGUCUUCGAGGCUAACAUCAGGAUCCUUGGAAGCCUUAUCUCAGCACACAUUCUGCUGACUGACUCCAAGCACCCAUUCGGAGAGGUGGGCUUCAAAGAUUAUGAUAAUGAACUUCUGCAUCUGGCUCACGACCUGGCUGUGCGCUUGCUGCCUGCUUUUGAGAACACCAGCACGGGCAUUCCUUACCCCAGGGUGAACCUGAAGACGGGAGUCCCUCAGGACAGCGUCAACGAGACGUGCACCGCAGGAGCCGGGUCCCUGCUGGUGGAGUUUGGCAUUCUGAGUCGCCUGAUUGGGGAUUCAACGUUUGAAUGGGUGGCGAGGCGAGCCGUCAGAGCUCUGUGGAAUCUGAGAAGCAACGAAACUGGUCUGUUGGGAAAUGUCAUUAACAUCCAAACAGGCCAGUGGGUUGGCAAGCAGAGUGGGCUUGGAGCUGGAAUGGACUCUUUUUAUGAGUAUUUGCUUAAAUCCUACAUCCUAUUUGGUGAGAAAGAGGAUUACCGGAUGUUUAAAGCUGCUUAUGAGAGCAUUCAGAACCACCUGAGAAGAGGGCGUGAGUCUUGCAAUGAAGGUGAGGGUGACCCGCCUCUCUAUGUUAAUGUGAACAUGUUUAGUGGUGAGAUUAUGAACACGUGGAUCGACUCCCUUCAGGCCUUCUUUCCUGGGCUGCAGGUGCUGAACGGGGAUAUUGAUGAUGCCAUUUGCCUGCAUGCCUUCUACUAUGCCAUCUGGAAGCGCUUUGGGGCGCUGCCAGAGAGAUACAACUGGCAGCUCAAAGCCCCCGAUGUGUUAUUUUACCCUUUAAGACCAGAGCUGGUGGAGUCCACCUACCUGCUGUACCAGGCAACAAAAAAUCCUUUCUAUCUGCAUGUUGGAAUGGAUAUUCUCCAGAGCCUGGAGAAAAAUGCCAAAGUCAGAUGCGGAUAUGCCACACUCCACCAUGUUGUGGAUAAAUCCAAAGAGGAUCGCAUGGAGAGCUUUUUUCUCAGUGAAACCUGCAAAUACCUUUAUCUUCUAUUUGAUGAGGACAACCCACUGCACAAAUCCGAUAACAAAUAUAUCUUCACUACAGAAGGUCAUGUUGUGCCUAUAGACAAGCGCUUCAGGGAGAAGCAGUGGAACGACUUGUCUCCAUGCGAAGAGGGAACGCUGGCAGGAACAGAAACAAGCAACCGGCCGCCUCUGAGCAACGUCAGCAACUGCAACAGGAUACCAGAGGAGCGUCGAUAUGCUCUGCCAUUAAAGAGUGUCUACAUGAGGCAGAUUGAUCAUAUGGUGGGAGUGUUUUGACAAAAAAAGAAAAGAUGUGGGGACACUUUAUUGACAUAUAUACAUGUCAAACAUGUAUAUAUGGAGAGGAGGAGUUCCUCAGUUCAGAGUCUUCGUACCAUCUAUUUCUCAGAUCUGGAUCUAGACAGGAAAUGGACAGUAAUGAAUCAUGAGAAGACAAGACUGUAUUAAAGUAAAUAGUUUUUGGUUUAAAGAAUGAUGCAUAUAAAGGUGACAAGUCCAAGGUCAGGAAAAUUAGUUGUGAUUGUUAGUUUUUGUCUGACCUGAGGUUAAAAGGGUUUUAGACAAACUGAGAUAUCUGGUCAAGUACUUGUGGGUAAACUUUGCACAUGUGUUUUGAUUGAAACUACAGCAGAGCUGAGAGUCUUGACAAAAAAGCAUCUGAUAAUAAGGUCAGUGCCAUUAACCUCACAUUAAUUCAGUGCAUAGCCUAUAAACAAAUGUUGACCUUUGAGCAAGCUGCUCUCUAAACCUGAGAAUUAGUGCCUCUUUUUUAAGUUGACAUACUUGAUUAGAUCAGUGCUAUUAUGUAAGGGCUAUGAGAUAGAAAUUAUUAAAAGAGCUGCUUUUCACUCCAGAUAUUUUUUAAUCAAACAGCAUUACUGCAAUACUCUGGUUUUAUUUCUCCCAAGUAAAAAAAAAUCCCAAAACUGGAGAUGCACCAAUCAGAGCCUCAUGGCAGACUAAUAUAGCUUUUUAGCCAAUUCUAAUUUCUCUUUAAGAUUUUAAAAUAUAUAGGAACAAAGGUCUUUUUUUUCUAACUUUGUUAGAAUAAUUUGUGAUUUCACAUUGUUUCCAACAUGUGAAAUCACAAAUUAUUAAUUUUCUGAGCAAAGGCAAUAUGACUGUGUUGUAUGAGAGGGUAAUCUCUGAGUUCCCUUAGAGAACAUAGAUUCUUAUCUUAAUUGUUAUAUUUCCAGAAAGGCUGCACACAUUACUAAAUGUAACUUUUUUUUAUUACACGUUUGAAAGCUACAGGGGACAAACAGAACCACUUUGCUGUACUCUGGUCAAGCUUCCUGCUCUUCCCCAUUUAUUUGAAAUGGCUCUUUACAACUUUUAUACUUCCUCUGACUUCAAUUUUGACCACCUGCUGAUAAUAGUUAAACUUCUUCAAUCAGUAAUUGCAUGCACACACUGGGAGAGCUCGGAAACAGAUCUGGUUUUUGACUGGUCACCAGUCAGUUCUCUAAAAUCUUCUUAAUUGGGUUGCCAAUCAAGUUCUUGGUGCAUCUCUACUAAAAUGCUAAUGCAUAUCUGGGCAGAGGCAGAAAGUCUGGGGAGUAAACUGUAUUUUUGCCUUUGACUCAUGUUUGACAAUACUGAGAAAAUACAAUAUUGAGAUAAUCAAGUGUUAAUCUUUCAAACUUUUAAUGACUCUAUGUCUUAGAAAGGGCAAAUAGAGGCUUUAUGCCCCCAUGAGAAUGAGGUUCAGGACUGACUCUUUAAGUGCCUUCUAUUUGUCUUAGCAUUUCUGGAUGCUAUGUGGUGUAUAUUAGACGUGGAUAACAUUUUUGAACAUAUUUUAUUGCCACUUGUGAUAUUGCACAAAUGUUUCAUUCCAUGUUUAUCUGUGGUUCUUUUAGCCAUCACAAGCCAUAAGAUGUCUUUUAAAUGCUAAGUUUGUAUUGGUGACAAUUCUGCUGCGUUGUUUAUGAUUUGUACUUGUACAGAAGAGACUGAAGCUGUUUCUUUUAGUGCACUUCAUACCUGUCAUGUGGUUAAAAACUCAGGGUUUAUUAGAAAUGCAAAAAUCAGUGAAUGCUUUUGUAAGAAAUAAAAUUGUAAUGUUGCCUACUAUUUUUAAUUUUAUUAUCGUUUCCAACAUCAAAUAUCGUUCACAAUACUGAGAUACAUUUCUAUGCAAAAUUACUCAAUAUAACUUACAAACGUAUUAAAUAUUAGAUACAUCGAAAUCAUCUUUCUGUUGCUGUGUAAUUCUGUGCGGUCUUUGUUUAGGCUUGCUUUCCUUUGGUUUGGUCUUUUGUGACAAAUACCCAGGUCACGUCUCACAUAUUCAGAAGUGGCUGUGGCUCCGGUUACACCUAACUCCACCUUUUCUCACAGAAAAGUAGAACCUUUUCCAUAGAUAUCUGCAUUACUACUGCUUUCCUUCAGGAUGUGAUGCAAUCACACGUAGUUCUCAGAAGUGGUCAAAGGUCAUCAGAACAAGGUCAUAAAGGGCGACUUUGAUGCAUUGGAAAACAGAUGCACCUCCCAUUCUGGUGAAUUUUGUGUGGGAGGCAAAUACAGAUGCAGAGACUUGCAAAAUUAUUUUUCAUCACAUUUUAUAUCUU